CUUGACGAUACAAACGUCUUGACUCUUGGAGCCCUGUGCUGAGUGAAAACUUCGAAAACUGCUAAAAGAACGCAGAUCAGCUCAGGGAAAACCUCACCGCAAACGAAAAAAAAAAUCACCAUGUCCCUGGACCUUACGCUUGACCAGGGCGAGGAAAUCCGCUUCCUCAACAAAAUCUCCGACACGGUCAAACAAUUGCACAAGAAAACCCAUUUCACCGCCCGGGAGUUGGAAAUCUCACUGCUCCUGUACUACAAACUGCUCAAGGACGAAGAUGGACCCCGGAGUCCUGUUCAAGGUUUCAUCAGUCGACAGCAGUUCACCACGGUGUUCGAUACGGCGUUCGGAAUGACGGACAAUGUCAUGAUCGGAAGGAUCUACGCUGCACUGGACAAGGGUGCAACGUCUCACGUCACGAUGGAAACCUGGGUGCACACGUUGUCGCUCUUCCUGCGGGGGACAUUCGAGGAGAAGGUAAAGUACUGCUUCAAGGUGUACGACAUCCAAGGAGAGGGAAUGAUCCGUCGAGAUCAUAUGAUGCUGCUGCUCAAAACUGCAAUCGUCAAGCACCAAGAUGAGGAGGUGGAGGAAGCGGUCAAGGACUUAGUGGAUAUCAUCCUGCACCGGAUGGAUAUCGAUCGGGAUGGAUCGAUAUCGUUCCAGGAUUAUAGCGAGACGGUUAGAAAAUCACCGCAAAUGUUGGAGUGCUUUGGGCAGGCGUUGCCAGAUCGCGGAUAUAUCUAUGCUUUUUCGAGAACCUUUUUGGAGCGGGUUCGAAAAUUUUAAGUCAAUAAAAAUUCAAUUCAAGUAA